GCUCUCGUGGAACCCAAGGCAAAAGAGCCAGUAGCCUUUACUCUCCUCCUCGAAACGCCAGCCUCCACUGUUGAAGACAAAAACCUCAUUUCAAAUUUUUUUUAAAGUAAAAAAAAAAAAAAAAAAUCAAAAACUAGAAUGGAUACAUUCAUCAGCUUCAGAUCAAUCUCAGAGCUCAGGAUUUUGUCAGCUCUUCUCUUUCUAUUCAUGUUCUGUUCCAGCUUGAGAUUAACAGAGGCGUAUGAUUCACUUGACCCUAAUGGAAACAUAACUAUCAAGUGGGACAUUAUGCAGUGGACCGCAGAUGGCUAUGUUGUCUAUCCAAUUAAUCCUUGUAGCAACGCAUCCUCUCAGGCUGUUGUUACAAUUUUCAAUUACCAACAAUAUCGUCACAUCCAAGCACCCGGAUGGACUCUCGGUUGGACAUGGGCCAAGAAGGAAGUGAUCUGGACCAUGAUGGGAGGACAAACUACAGAACAAGGCGAUUGCUCAAGAUUCAAAGGAAAUACUCCACAUUGCUGUAAGAAGGAUCCAACAGUUGUUGAUUUGCUCCCAGGAACUCCAUAUAACCAGCAGAUUGCUAAUUGUUGCAAAGGGGGAGUGAUUAAUUCGUGGGUUCAAGAUCCCGCCACCACUGUUAGUUCUUUCCAAGUCAGCGUGGGUCAGGCGGGGACCACCAACAAGACAGUUCGUGUGCCCAAGAACUUCACCCUCAAAGCUCCAGGGCCUGGGUACACGUGUGGAGUGGCUAAGAUUGUGAAACCUAGCAAGUUUAUUUCGCAGGAUGGGAGGAGAACAACCCAGGCUUUGAUGACAUGGAAUGUUACCUGCACAUAUUCCCAAUUUCUUGCUCAGAAAACCCCCACCUGCUGUGUUUCGCUUUCAUCUUUCUACAACAACACAAUUGUCAGCUGCCCGACGUGUGCCUGUGGCUGUCAAAACAAUAUAACAGAACCUGGAAGUUGUGUGGAGGGAGAUUCACCUUAUUUAGCUUCUGCUAUCAAUGGCCCUGGUAAAAAUAGCUUCACUCCAUUGGUUCAAUGCACUUCUCAUAUGUGCCCUAUUCGAGUCCACUGGCAUGUAAAGCUCAAUUAUAAAGAAUAUUGGCGGGUGAAAGUCACAAUAACAAAUUUCAACUAUCGGAUGAACUAUACUCAAUGGAACCUUGUCAUCCAACACCCUAAUUUCGACAAUCUCACGCAAGUAUUUAGUUUCAAUUACAAGCCGCUCACUCCUUACGCAGCCAUAAAUGAUACCGCAAUGCUAUGGGGAAUCAAAUACUACAACGACUUGCUCAUGGCAGCUGGUCCUUAUGGAAAUGUGCAAUCUGAACUCCUAUUUCGGAAGGAUUCAUCGACAUUCAGUUUCGAGAAGGGUUGGGCAUUCCCUCGUCGUAUAUACUUCAAUGGUGAUAAUUGCGUUAUGCCACCUCCAGAUGCAUACCCUUGGUUACCAAAUGCUAGCCCUGUACUGAGAAGCCCAUUUACACUCUCACUCACAAUCCUAUGGACAAUUUUAGCACAUCUACUACUGAAUUAAUUGGAGGGUACCAUUGUUUUGUACAUGCUAAUUUAUGUAACCCGACACAAAAUUUAGUCACUGUGGUCAGUUAUGGCAAAAGAAUAUAUGGUUCAUUGUAAUCCAUCACUUAGUUGAGUAACAGUGGGACCUAGUUAUUCACAUCUAAAAAAUGAAACUGGCAAAUUAAAGGAAAAAUAAUAUGUAGUUUUAGUGUUA